GGAAUUUUGGCUGCUCUGCUGCACUUGUCAGGAUGAGGGAACCAGAGGGCAGCAUCUGAUGUAUCGCUUAACACCUUGACAAAAUUGACAGGCAGUUCAUUGCAGAGAAAGAGAAGAAAUAUUUGAUAGACCGAAUUGAAUUCUACUUUCAGCAGCUUCAGGCUUUUUAACUUCAAGAAGCUGCAGCUACACUUGAGCUCCCUGCAAAGUGAGAUUUAACCCAGGAGGGUGGAAAAAGUGUUUCAUUUGGGCACAACAAGGAACGGAAUUGUAUUUGAACAGCUGGUCUGACUGUGCAUUACCGAUUGUGUCAGUGGGGGUAGCUGCUGUACAGAAACUUUUGGAUGACCAUGAAGCUCUGGAUAAUUACACUAAGUUUGAUGAGGGUUGCCUGUGAAGUGCUACAAUCUGAACCAGCUUUACCCUCAGCUAUUGGCUCAUGUGAGAAGUUGUGCGCUUGUGAAGAAAAGGAUGGCACCUUUAUUAUAAACUGUGAAGAAAGAGGCAUCAAGGAGCUGUCUCAAGUACACAUUCCACCAUCCCGGCCUUUCCACCUCAGUCUUCUAAACAAUGGCCUGACCAUGUUACACAUGAAUGAUUUUUCAAGCUUUAUCAAUGCACUCUCACUCCACCUUGGAUUUAACAAUAUUGAAGACAUUGAACCAGGAGCAUUUAAUGGGCUGAGUCUCCUUAAGCAACUUCAUAUCAAUCACAAUUCUUUAGAAGUACUAAGAGAGGAUACUUUUCAUGGGCUGGAAAACCUGGAAUUCCUUCAAGCAGAUAACAAUUUCAUCACAAUCAUAGAAUCAAGUGCCUUCAGCAAGCUCAACAGGCUUAAGGUGCUCAUUUUAAAUGAUAAUGCCAUUGAGUUUCUCCCUCCCAACAUAUUUCGCUUUGUGCCAUUAACUCACUUGGAUCUUCGGGGGAAUCAGCUGCAGACUCUGCCCUAUGUUGGUUUUUUGGAACAUAUUGGUAGAAUUCUGGACCUUCAGUUGGAAGAUAACAAAUGGGUUUGUAAUUGCGACCUACUGGAGCUGAAGAGCUGGUUAGAAAACAUGCCUCCCCAGUCUAUCAUAGGUGAUGUUGUAUGCCACAGCCCUCCCAUUUUGAAAGGUAGCAUUUUAAGCAGAUUAAAAAAGGAAGCACUCUGUCCCACACACCCUACAAAUGACCUUGAUGCCCCAUCAGGGUCAUUGCCGCUGGUGGUUACCACAUCAGUAAGUGAUAGCCACUUCUCAACCAAGGUGAUACCUAUUCUUAAAGCUCCUACCAAGGAAUCCAGUUUAAUACUGCAUGUCACAAAGCCAGCUACUCUGCUUCCUGGAAUAUACUGCCCUAUCCCCUGUCAGUGCACUAGCCAUCUUCUUUCAGGGAUUUUAAUGCAAUGCCAGGAACAAAACAUUGAAAGUUUGUCAGAUUUAGGUCCACCACCACCAAAUCCUAAAAAGCUUAUUCUAGCUGGAAAUAUAAUUCAGACAUUACUGAAAUCAGAUCUUGUGGACUAUGGUAGUCUAGAAAUGCUUCAUUUAGGUAACAAUCGUAUUGAAAUCCUAGAAGAAGGCUCUUUUCUCAAUCUCACCCGACUGCAGAAACUAUAUCUCAAUGGCAAUCAUCUUACCAAGCUAAAUCGCAAUUUGUUUUUGGGCCUACAGAGGCUUGAGUACUUGUAUCUUGAAUAUAAUGCCAUCAAGGAAGUUUUGCCAGGGACAUUUAACCCGAUGCCUAAACUUAAGGUCCUGUAUUUAAACAACAACCUCCUUCAAACUCUGCCACAACAUAUUUUUUCUGGAGUUCCUCUGGCCAGGCUAAAUCUGAAGACCAAUCAGUUUGCACAUUUGCCUGUAGGGAAUGUCUUGGAUGAUCUGGAUCUAAUAGUACAAAUAGAGCUGGAAGAUAACCCCUGGGAUUGUACUUGCGAAUCAGUUGGACUGCAGCAAUGGAUACAAAAGCUGAAUAAAAAUACAAUGAUGAGUGAAAUUUUCUGUACAUCUCCAAGGCAUUUAGCAAAAAAGGAACUGAAAUCUUUGAACAGUGACAUGUUAUGCCCUGGCUUAAUAAACAGCCCAGCCCUCCCAACUCAUGCGAGCUUCAUAAUUGUUACUACAUCACCAACCACCACCAAUACAGCAGGCACUAUUCUGCGAUCACUUACUGAUGCCAUCCCUCUUUCUGUUUUAAUCUUGGGGCUUUUGAUUACAUUUAUAACCAUCAUAUUUUGUGCAGCUGGAAUUGUUGUCCUGGUUUUACACCGACGGAGAAGAUACAAAAAGAAGCAAGCAGAUGAACAGAUGCGGGACAGCAGCCCAGUACAGCUUCAAUAUAGCAUGUAUGGUCACAAAACAACACAUCACACUACUGAGCGCCCAGCCACAAGUCUGUAUGAACAGCGUAUGAUCAGCCCUAUGGUUCAAGUUUAUCGAAGUCCACCCUUCAGCCCCAAAUUUGCAGACCAUCAGGAGGAGAGGAACAACAAGGAUGCAAAUGAUUCAAAACAUCUCCGCCGAGGUCUCUUAGAAAGGGAACACUCUUCUCCGCUCACAGGGUCAAAUGUCAAAUACAAAGCCACGGACCAAUCGCCUGAUUUCCUGUCCUUCCAGGAUGCGAGUUCUUUGUACAGGAAUAUUCUUGAGAAAGAAAGAGAACUCCAGCAAUUGGGAAUAACUGAGUACCUACGGAAAAACAUUGCCCAGUUACACCCUGAUAUGGAAGUACAUUACCCAGGGGCUCAUGAAGAGCUAAAGCUGAUGGAGACGCUCAUGUACUCCAGGCCAAGGAAGGUUUUACUAGAACAGACUAAAAAUGAGUAUUUUGAGCUCAAAGCGAACCUGCAUGCAGAACCCGAUUACCUGGAGGUCUUGGAACAGCAAACAUAAAACAAAAAACACUCCACUUCUUGAGUGGGUGGGUGAGUGGGUGUAAGCAUAAACUUUUAAUUCUAUCUUAAGUCAGAACUCUGUAAAUAUAAGUGCCUUAUAAUAAUGUGUCAUCAAUCAGGACUUUAAGCACAGCAGUAAUCCAAGUGGAAAAAACAAACUCUCAGGGAUAACUGUGAAGCCAUGGGAAAGUUUGCAGGCUUUAUGUCUCACUCCUCCAUUAAAUGUGAACUUUGUGUGACUGGACUCGGGGAGGAAGUUCUGUUUGCCAUAUUCCUCUAGACCUGCAUGGCAAUUCCUCAUUCUGUCCCUCAAAGCCAGGAUAAAAUAUGUCUUACUUCUGUU